GGAGUGAAACGAGGCUGGAUAAUUAGGAGAGCAGCCUGUAUCCCCGGAGGAAGAGCGGCGAGCGCCGCACAUGCAGCUCUUUGCCCCAUCCCUCCGUUUCUAUCUCUUUAAGAGCCCCCAGAAGGUGUGUGUGUGUGUGCGUGCGUGCGUGCGUGCGUGCGUGGGGGAGGGGUUCUGGCUGGGGUGGAACAGUCCUGUAAUGAGCAGUUUUUACAGGGAAGAGACAGAGAGGAUGGAAAAUGGGGAAGAACAGGAAACUUGAUGGAAUUUUCUCCACCUUUGGGCGCGAUGAAGAGGAGUGAUUUCUGCCUCAGCACCUUCAUCGCUGCCGCUCAUCUUUAGACCACAGCCGAGCAGGGAGGGGGCAGAGAGUCGGAGCGAUCUUCACUGUGGAGCUGGGAUGUGUGUUUGUGCGUCUGAGCCCGGAUCGCUCGUUUUCAGGCCACGCUUUGCAGAGGAGCUGCGUGUUUGGCUGUUCCUUUGAACGGCGCUCCAGCGCAGCGGCAUCCGGCUCGGACGGUGCGCCAGGGAUGCUGUAACGUCUGCUGCAGCUCCGUGAGGCCUCGCGCGUCUGGACCCACCGGCUCGCGCCCAAAGAGACGGGCCUGUGGUUGCGUCGAGCAGGGAGGUGCAGGAGGAGGUGGAGGAGGAGGAUGAGAGGCGCUGCGAGCCCAGGAGCCCGCGGGGAGCAGCGCUCACAGCAGCUGUGUUUGUGGAUGCAGAAUCGUUGCUGAAGCUGGGAUUGGUCCUGCAUCGGGAGGCGAUGCUCCUCAGGUCCCGACCUGCUGCUGAUCAGAGCCGCAGCCGGCCUUUCACGUCCUAAAUUGAAGGGAGAAGGAGCGCCAAGGCCCCGCACCUCCAUGUUACCUGAGGCCUCCCCCCUUCUCCCUCCCUCUCAGUGAAGCACGCCGGAGCUUUUCUGUUUUCUGACUUUCUAAGGAUUUGCCUAAACCUGUUUCAUGCAUGUCCACUGGAGGCAGGUUUGACUUUGAUGACGGGGGGUCGUACUGCGGGGAGUGGGAGCAGGGGAAAGCCCACGGCCGAGGGGUCUGCACGGGCCCCCAGGGUCAGGGGGAGUAUGCCGGUGCCUGGAGCCACGGCUUCGAGGUCCUGGGCAUCUAUACGUGGCCCAGCGGGAACAGCUACCAGGGCACCUGGGCACAGGGCAAGAGGCAUGGCAUCGGGGUGGAGAGCAAGGGCCGCUGGGAGUACAGGGGGGAGUGGACGCAGGGCUUCAAGGGCCGCUACGGGCAGCUGGAGAGCAGGGCCAGCGGCGCCCGCUACGAAGGGACGUGGAGCAACGGCCUGCAGGACGGAUACGGAACAGAGACCUACUCUGACGGAGGAACGUACCAGGGCCAGUGGUUGGCCGGGAUGCGUCACGGUUACGGCGUGCGUCAGAGUGUCCCGUACGGCAUGGCGGCGGUCAUCCUCUUUCCCCUGCGAACGUCCAUAAACUCUCUCCGCUCUGACCACAGCCACGGGCCCCCGGCGGCCCUGGAGGACAGCGGCCCCACCACGCCCUCAGACGGGAUGGUGGCGGGUCUUGCUGGGAGCCCAGUGGGCCGCGGUGGUUUCGCUCUGAUGGCUCCAAGCGAAGCGGAGCGGCAGAGGAAGAGGAAGGGCCGUUUCCGUCAGUCCAUCCUCAGCGGCCUGAAGCUCCGGCGCUCUGAGUCCAAGAGCUCCCUGGCCAGCCAGCUCAGCAAGCAGAGCUCCUUCUGCAGCGAGGCGGGCAUGAGCACCGUCAGCUCCGCCGCCUCUGAGGGCGUCGGCGAGAGUGAGCAGGGCUCGGCCGUGGACGCCACAGUCACCGAGAUGUACGCCGGGGAGUGGCGGAGCGACCAGAGGGCAGGCUGGGGGGUGAGCCGGCGCUCAGAUGGCCUGCACUACGCAGGUGAGUGGGCAGCAAACAAGAGGCACGGCUACGGCUGCACCACCUUUCCGGAUGGCACCAAGGAGGAGGGCAAGUACAAGCAGAACGUGCUGGUGAGCGGGAAGCGCAAAAACCUGAUCCCGCUGAGGGCCAGCAAGAUCCGGGAGAAGGUGGAGCGGGCGGUGGAGGCCGCCGAGAAGGCUGCAGACACCGCCAAGCAGAAAGCAGAGAUCGCCCUGUCCCGGAUGAGCCACGCCCGAGCCAAGGCCGAGGCGGCGGAAGGGGUGGCGCAGAAAGCAGCAGAAGAAUGUCAGCAAGCCCGAAUCAUCGCCAAAGAGCUCUCCCCCUCCUUCCACAUCUAUGGCAACGGACUGGAGUGUCAAGGCCCAAAACACCAGGAGCCCCGGAACAGGGACCACGAGGCCAUCUCAACGGGAACAGACAGUCCAGAACUGUGCACGCCCGACACCACGCCGCCUGUAAUAACACCUGAUCUCAGUCCUGUGCUGAGUGUCCCCACCCCGCCUCCCCCCGGUCCACACAAACACACCCACCGCCCCAGGAACGCCUGCUUCACGCGGCAGAGUGCUGUGGACGAUCAGGGCGGGGCUGAGAUCCAGGUGUUGAUAGAGGGGCGGGGGGUCAAUCUGUCCAGGGGCGGGGCUAAUAACUGGACUGAUGAGGCAUUUUUGGAGCGUGGGGGCAGCAGCCGGUCCACCACCCCCUCCCUCCUUGAAGAGCAGGAGGGGCAAAUCAACGGGUAUGAGCAAGCUCCAGUCCCAAACCACAAACCGGUGGAGAGGUCCUCGUCCAAUCACAGGUCUCGAGAGCACAGCUCCUCCCACAGAGCGUGGGACCACCCCCUGUCUGACCAGAAGCCGUCCAAGCAUGUGGCCUCCAACCACAAGUUCAGGGAGCACUCCUCGUCCAAUCACAAGCCACAAGAUCAUUCCUCCACCAAUCACAGGGCUUGUGAGCCCGCCUACUCCAGCUACAAGCCGCAGGCGCACAUCUCAUCCAAUCACAAGGCCUUGGAACACAACAUUUCUAACCACCAGACGUUGGAGCGUGCCUCUCACAAUCACAAGUGUGAGGACUACAUCUCCUCCAAUCAUGAUGCAAAGGACCACGUUUCUUCCAAAUACAGCCCCCGGCCGCAUGUCUCCUCCAACCACUAUCCAAAGCAGCACAACCCCCCCAACCACAGGCUGGGUGAGCAUGCCGCCACUGACCAAAGGCUGGACAGCCUCAGGAAGGAGUGGUCUGCUGAGAGCACCCUCAGGUGGAGCCCCGCCCACUCUCGCCUCACAGAGCACGACGAGGAGCAAAUGAAUGACUACACGGUGGACAUGCGGCUUCAUGGUGCAGAGUCUGAACCGGCGCCCCAAAACAACAAACUGCGAUCCCGAGGUUUUCGGCCAGUUCGGGAAGAAUCAGCGGACUCUGUACAGAUGCUGGACAACCUGAAUGUGGGGGCGGAGCUAGAGGAGUGGCCACUGCACAGGGACCUCACCCUCUCCCCGCCCCAGAAGUCCCAGCUCAUCAUUCUGGAGCAGGACAGCGAGCAUCUCACCCUCAAACCAAACUCAGGCUCCAGCUCUAUUCUGGUGGUUAUGGUCAUCUUACUCAACAUCGGAGUAGCCAUUCUUUUCAUUCACUUCUUUAUUUAAGCGUACAUGAGUAUGAUCUACUAAAACAUAUUGAUAACUACAGUAUAUUAUAUUCUGACGCACUCGGAUGGACGUUCUGCCUGCGGGACUGGAGUCUGCAGCACGAGUGACGGACACCGCAGAGCCGCUCUACCGUCGCUCCCGGUCUCUUCUUCUCUGUUGAAGCCUGUUUUUGUUUGUGCAAGACCCCCCCACCCCACCCCCGUCCCAAACCUGUCUGAGCUCUCAGCCACGAGUGAAAAGAUGCCUCGAGUCAGGAGAAAGUUAAAGAGAGCAGCUUUUGUUUAGCUGUGCAGGCAGUGCUGGUCAUUUCUUAAGAAAGCCUGGAUGGCGGCGCGACCGGCCAGGUCCCCAUGGGGAGGAAGUUGGCCGUCACACGUAUUCCAGCGCCCCCUUAGCCUUCAAACCCCCCCUUUCCUGUUCGCAUUAUGCGCUACAAACUAUGCUGCAACCGUAGAUCAGUUUAAAAGGGCUUCUUCUUCAUCAUCAUUUUGUGUUUCCAUGACCCCCCCCCCCCCACACACACACACACACAUUGCAUGAAGCUGUUUGAGCUUUCAGAGGUGCAUUUUCUAUCCCUUUAACAUCACCCUUUUUUAAUCUGUAUGCACUCAAACAGGGCCUCACCUCUGUGAUCAGCACCGCUCAGCCCCCGCCCCCAUCCACAACGUUUACGUUUGAUCGUCCAAUCGAAAAAGCCGAGCUCACGAAGGGUUCGUUUCUACGUAAAAGACACAAGCCGCACGCAGAAAACCACCUGAGCAGCAGAGCCCCGCCCCCUUUGUACAGCCUGGAGACUGUUAUAACCACUAUCUACUAUAUAGGUCUAUGUGUCAUUAUUACUCCAGUUUGUUACCUUUUGCAGAAACAGAGAGAGCGUAGAGUGCCUCGUAUUUGUUCACCCCCCCCCCAAAUCUUAUUUAGCCCUGACCCGACGAGAGCGCCCCCCUGUGGGCUCGCUUGGAGGAGACCAAUUAUCUUUGAGAUCCUCCUGACCCCCCCCUGCCAUCGCUCAACCUUCCUCCCACUGACCACUCUCACCCCUGCCCCCCUAAAAUGGCAUGCACUGUUUUGUCUCUCUCCUAGCCCGGUCCCCUGGGGGGAAAGUGGGGUUUCUACCGUUUCCAGCCCCUUUUGGGCCAGAAAAGAUUUAUUCAUUGCUUUAUUUUCUAGCAUGUUUGUUUAGCCUGCUCAGUCUGGUGUCAAUUAACGCGUCGCCCCCCCCCCCCUCCCACGGUUUCUGAUUCAGUGGAGGUGGUGGGUGUGAAACGGCGCCUCGCUCUUAUUCUCAGUGGAUACGCGAAUGCCCCGGUUUAUGAAUGAUAUGAAAAACAAAUGUCUGCUACUGUAUGUUUUAUACUCGGCACCCAGUGGCAUCAUCAUGUUGUGACAUCAUUGCAUGCCCCAGCAUGCUCUUUCUUACUCUUUGGUUUAUGAGGUUGUUUCCAGGUAUGUGGAGAAAAUAAUGAAACGUUUGAAAUGAA